AAAUAAUACUAAUAAUAUAUUAUAUAUAUACAAAGCGUUAUUGCUCCAAAGAAAAUGUUACCACUGCUUUUGGACACUUCAAGAACGCAGCUGAAUGCUGUGCCACAGCACGCGCAAGGAUGUCCAACCUUCUCCUCAAAAACCCAUUGGAUGAUCCCUUGUGAUCGUGUCCAAGAAAAUAGGAAAGGUCCAAAAUUCAUUGUUGGAAUACCAAUGGUUGAAAGGAUGUUUGUUAGUGUUUGGUCAUUCAUGAUGUCCUGAAUCCCUAUACUGUAGGUAGGUGUUUCUCUUUUCAGUUGACGACAAAGUAUGUUCAAUUUCUUGUGAAUACCCACGGAAAAAUGAGGAACACCAUGUGAUUCUCAGCAUUUUUCAGCAGGACAGCGCACUUUCAUUGACUAUCUAGAAUCAACAUGUUUUGUAGUCCCCAAUGUUUCAACAGCUCCCCAGUAGGUCUUUAAUCGGAGGCAUCACUUUUGGAUCUGACUUGCUGUGAGAAUCAUGGAUGGAAAGAAGUAGAACCAACUGCUGUGCGAAAGCAGGUUUGGAAAGCUUGGUUGUGCGGAUCAGGUGAUUAUAUUUUGUUGAUUUUUCCCUAUAUGGGUGAAUCCCCUCCUUCUGGUGAAUAUGUUUGUUCUUUGCUCUCCGGUUCCUGGACAGCAAGCACCAGUCUUAGCCCGAAGGAUUUCACUGGGGACUCUCACUGAGACAUUUUCACCGCUGGAACGACAUCCUCCCCGGUCAAAACCGAGCCAGAUCUGCACGCUGGCAGAUCGGCUGGGCGCAGCGCAAGGCUCUUUGCGCACAGACUCCUCCGAGCAUGCCAGCCUUUGGGCGUGCUCGCUACGUCUUUUAUGUUGCCUCCUCUCUUUGCUGCACUUGCUGAUGGGCCUUGACAUCUUCUGCCUGCCCGGACCGCCAACGCUGCUGUGGAGGGAUUUGGACGCCCUCUGGGGUUAUGCCACCGCCCAUGCGAUGCUGGCCUUGUCCGCCGCCUUUGCCUCGCGACCCGUGAGAGGUGCCACCGACGCCCUCGGCCGUUUCCUGCGGAAGUGGCUUCGCUUGGCGCCGGCUGGCUUGGCUUUGCGACUCUUGAGUGCCUCUGCCUCUGAGUUCACCCACGCGCGGCCGCAGGGCAGUGGCUGGCCAGAACGGAGGGGCGCGAUGCAGCACUUCAACCUGGAUUUCCGCCGUUGCGGCACGGCAGUGGAGUGCGUGGAACCCUGGAAAGGGUGGCCCUUCGGCCUGAAGGAUGUGUUGUGGGCCUUCCCCGACGUGGCCGACGUGGGCUGGUUCCUGGAGGUCGACCUGACCAACAGCCUCCUUCUCACACUGCUGAACAUCCUGGAGUGCUUCAACGUUAACUAUGGAGGCGUCGGUCGCUUCCUGCAGCGGACACUGGAGCUGGGCCUUUGCUGCGCCUCGUUGGACGCCUGGCACGUCCGCGACCCGCGGAUGCCCUUUGACUGCCAACGGCCAGAGCAUCUUCCUUGGUGGCCACGGCUCUUUCCACACCUUUGUCUGAACUUCACCUUGGCCCCGCUGGUGGCAUGGUUCACUCGUUCGCGUGCCGUGUGUGCUUCAGCGGUGCCGCACCAGGGCGUCCUCCUGCGACUGUCGCUGGCGCUGGGGGUUUGGUGCAUGGAUUGUUGGGUGAUGAGGAGCCUUGAUCUUGGUGGUGGAUGCUAUACUGGCAGUGGAAAUGAGCUCGUGGAGGAGCCAACUUCGACACUGGAGCUUUGGAACUUAGUUCGCCUUUGGAGUUUGUUGCUCUUUCAUCGUUCCCUUCUGGAGCUGCUACGCGGUCCACCUGCGCGACCAACCAGCUGCUCCGCAGGGUCGCGUGAGCUCGGCGCUCGCGACGCUCUCCGUCGAGCUCUUCACUGCUUGGAUCGACUGACCUUUGGUGUCUUCAUCAUCAGCCCCUGGUUGAUGCGGGUGAUCUUUUUCUCCUGGCAUGCUAGCUGCUGGGAGUUCUCCUACUUUGCCUUGGGCAGCCUUUGGUUGGGCAUCUUCUUCAGCAGUCUGUUGGCCUCAGCAGUCCUCUUCUUCUGCAUCACGGAGCCAUGGCGUCGCGUCCUGGUGAAACUCCUGGCUGUCGCGUCGUCCUCGGUGUAUGGCCCUGAGCUGCUCAAGGACCCCACCGUGGCUGAUGACGUGGAUGUGUCCUUGGGCCGGAAGAAGACAGCCGGUGGCGAGGAAUUCGAGACGGAUCAUGAUCGCGCCAAGCGCAUCCGCAGAGAAAGAAGAGCUGCCAAGGAGAAGGAGAAGGAUGAUCAGCAGAAGCAUGACAUGAACAAGGCCAUCAGCGCUUUGCUUGGUGGUGGCAGCUCAGGAAAGAAACUGGACUUCUCGAGCGCCAACUUCCAGACCUUUGGGCCCUCGGGCCCCAGUGGACCAUCGGUGGGUCCUGCAGUGCCGGGCCCUACCAUGCCUGGCCCUACAGUGCCUGGCCCUACAGUGCCGGGCCCUACCGUGCCGGGCCCCGUCAGUGAGGCUGGGCCUUCAAGCCCUCCAAAGCCAGGGCCACAGGGACCACGGCUUCCGCAAGGGCCUUCACGACCGCCCAAGCCAGAGGAGCCACAAGGGCCUCUACCCCCUGAGCCAGAAAAAACUGAGAAAAAGGAGAAAGUGCUGUUGGGGCACAUGGACAUCAUGAAGGAGCAAAAGCGCGUCUCCUGGGACGAGCUGAAAAACCGAUUGGCCGAGGCGAACUGGAAGGAGGCCGGAGUGCCCGGCUCCAGCGAGUUCGACAGCUACUCCGCCAAAUUGGAGAAGACCCGUAAUGAGCGGUUAGCUCAGCAGGAAGAUGAUACCAAGAAAGCGCUCAAGGAGAUACCCAUCGUCUGGGAUAAAGUGGCAUCCAGAUUGUUUGGACCCUGUCGAAAUGGCUGCCUUGUAGUUUGGGGUCAUGGCUACACAGUUGGCUUUGCCGCGACUCGCCAAUUGCCGGUUUGCCUGACCAAAGAGAAACAAGUUUGUCAAAGCUUGCGCACCUCGCCAGGCCGCCAGCUGUGGGCUGCUUUUCUGAAGGACGUGGCGAAGAUCAACCUUGGCAACUUUGUGCAGGUCAAGACACGAGUCUCAAACUGCCCCAAAACCCCACCACCGGACAAGCGUUUGCAGAGAUUUGUCAAUGCAAACGCAAGGCAAGUAGAUCUGCAACCAAACUGGACAUCGGCAGGGGAUCGGAUUUGUGAUUGGAAUGUAAGCUUUGGCCAAAGAUCGGUGCGUGUCACCUAUGACUGGCGCCGCUUCAUCAGCGACUCCACCAAUGAUUUACAUGUGUUGGAAGAGGUGGCAAAAGCAGGAAGAUGGCCUACAGCCUGGGUGGUGAUUUCUGGUGUGCAUGAUUGCUAUUAUCUCCGACGGAACUUAGCGUUUCAAGCUUCCUCCACGAAGGGCUUCUUUAGUUUCUUGGAGCAGCACCCUAUCUUGAAGAGUCGUACGAUUAUCGUGGGCAUGGAGUACAUGGUGGACAAGGAUGAGCACCCAAAGAAAAAACGCAGAAAGUACAGGUCUUCUCGUGGUCCAAAAUCCUUGUACAACUGUUCGCGGAGACUUCACAAUAUGAUGCUAGAAGGGGCCCGAGAACAUGCAGUGUAUAUGAUUCCACGUUGGGGACUUACACGGAGCUACGCGGAUAAAGAAGUAGUCAACAGUGUGCAUUAUCCGGAAUCAGUCAUUCUAAAUGAGUUGCCAUCACUACUGACUGGUCUUUCUUGCAUUGCCAAAGGCAGGCAACAUGGUCAAAGCCAAAGCAUCUUGCCCUUGAUCACGGCACCGUUCUACACCGGUCCGCUGCUUCUCCUUUACUUCCUCAUGACGGUCGCAGCAGCAGUUUGUGCGCUGCUCGUCGUGCAUCGCGGGAGGAGAUCCUGGCGGGAAAGAGCUCUACCAGAGGGUCCAGCCACUCUUGGUGCGCGAGGGCGACAGCACGACGCUCAAGAGGCCAAGUGCACUGAACAGGAAGACGACUGA